AUGUGGAUACCUACGGAGGAGGAGAAAAUCGGAGUUGUGAUCUGCAACUUCCGGUCAUCAGUAUGCCAGGCCCUGGUCCUGGAGAUCGGGGAGACCGUGCAGAUCCUCGAGAAGAGCGAAGGUUGGUACAGAGGCUUUUCCACCAAGAAGCCUUCUAUCAAGGGUAUUUUUCCAGUCAGCUAUGUCCACUUGAAGAAAUCCACAGUGACUAAUAGAGGGCUCUGUGAGACGGUGGUGCCCCUGGAGGACCCUAUAAUCACGGAGACCACCUCCACCCUGCAAGAAUGGGGUGUGCUCUGGAAGCAGCUCUACGUGAAACACAAGGUGGAUUUGUUCCAUAAGCUGCGUCACGUGAUGAACGAGCUCAUCGACUUGCGUCGGCAGCUGAUCCAGGGUCACCUCGCCCAGGACCAGACCCGAGAAAUAAAACGGCACAUCACCGUACGGCUGGACUGGGGCAACGAGCACCUUGGCUUAGACCUCGUUCCCAGAAAGGAGUUCGAGAUGGUGGAUCCGGAUCAGAUCAGUGUGUCUGAGCUGUACAAAAUGCAUGUAUCCAGCAGACACUGUGGUCAGCAAAGCACAAACCAGGGUGACAGCCUUCGACAGCGCCACGGUGACGGUUGCCGUGUCCCCGUGUCUCACCACCUCUUCAUCAACCUGAAGAGCUUUACUUACAACAGCAUCAGCGAGGACGCAGAUGUCUUCUUCUUUCUGUAUGACACUCGUGAGGCCAAGCAGAUCAGUGAGAAAUUCAUGGUGAGACUGAACAAGAACGGAGGACCCAAGAACCCAGAGAAGGUCGACCGCCUGUGCGCCCUCUUCACGGACUUGAGCAGCAAAGAUCUGAAGAGAGACCUGUACAUCGUGGCACAAGUCAUAAGAACCGGCCGUAUGUUGCUGAACGACUCCAAGAAAGGCCCGCCCCAUGUGCAGUACAGACGGCCCUACGGCUGCGCUGUUCUUGCCAUGAGCGAUGUGUUUCACACCAUCACAGACCUCAAAGAGGAGAAGGACUUCGUGCUAAAAGUUUACACGUGUAACAAUGAGAACGAGUGGUACCAGAUACACGAGAACAUCAUCCGCAAAUCCAACACCAAGUACUCAGCUCCCAGCACUAACUAUGGCCUCAUCAUUUCCUUGCAGCUGCUGCGGGGUGAACUGGAGCAGAUCAGACGAGAGAACCAGGCUGUGUUCAGCAGGGCCCUGGCACUUACACGCAAACUGGGUUUUCCAGAUGUCAUCCUGCCAGGUGACACACGUAAUGACCUCUAUCUAACUCUGGAGCGAGGGGAAUUCGAGAGAGGGGGCAAGAGCGUACAGAAGAACAUCGAGGUCACCGUCUAUGUACUGUACGCAGACGGAGACACGCUCAAGGACUGCAUCAGUCUGGGCAGCGGGGAACCAAACACCAGCGAGCAUCGCUCCUUUGUCCUCUACCACAACAACAGCCCCCGCUGGAGCGAGAUGGUCAAGCUACCUAUCCCGAUAGAUCGCUUCAGAGGAUCCCACCUACGCUUUGAGUUCAGACACUGCUCUACUAAAGACAAGGGGGAGAAGAAGCUGUUCGGCUUUGCCUUCACUCCUCUGAUGAGAGAGGACGGGACCACGCUGUCAGAUGAGAGCCACGAGCUGUAUGUCUACAAGUGUGAUGAAAACGCCACCUUCAGUAACCAAGGCCUUUACCUGAGCAUGCCCUGCUGUAAGGAGGACUUCAACAGCUGCCCCAGCCUGCCUGCCAACCUGCCCUUCCAGAGAAGCCCCAAAGAGACCUUCUGCGUCUCAACAUUUCUCUGCUCUACCAAACUCACACAAAAUGUGGAUCUUCUGGCUUUGCUGAAUUGGAAGGCCCAUCCGGACAGGGUGUUGGAUAUCCUCGGCCGGCUACGUCAGAUCAAUGGAGAGGAGAUUGUCAAGUUCCUGCGCGAUGUCCUGGAUACGCUUUUUUGUCUCUUAGAUGACAACACUGAUAAAUAUGGACCGCUGGUUUUCCAGUCACUGGUGUUCAUUAUUAACCUGCUCAGGGACAGCCGUUUCUACCACUUCAGACCUGUCAUGGACUCCUACAUUCAAAACCACUUUGCUGGAGCCCUAGCUUACAAAGAGCUGAUCCGAUGUCUAAAAUGGUACAUGGACCGCUCCGCUGAGGUUGUCAGACAGGACCACAUCCAGGAAGCCAUGAGGGCUCUGGAGUACCUGUUCAAGUUCAUCGUCCAGUCGCGUAUCCUGUAUUCACGGGCUACCUGCGGGAUGGAGGAGGAGCAGUUCAGGGCGAGCAUCCAAGAACUUUUCCAGUCCAUCCGCUUCGUCCUGAGUCUGGACAGCCGCAGCUCUGAGAACCUGGUUUUCACGCAGGCAGCCUUGCUGAAUAGUUUCCCAGAUAUAUUUGAUGAGCUGCUGCAGAUGUUCACUGUUCAGGAGGUGGCUGAGUAUGUGAGGGGCACCCUGGGGAGCAUGCCCAGCACGGUGGACAUCGGCCAGUCCAUGGAUGUUGUUAAACUGCAGUCCAUUGCCCGCACUGUCGAGAGCCGCCUCUUCUUUUUCCCUGAAUCUCGAAGUAUCUUGCUGCCAGUGGUUCUGCAUCACAUCCACUUGCAUCUGCGCCAGCAGAGGGAGCUGCUCAUCUGCUCUGGGAUCUUGAGCAGCAUCUUUUCCAUCAUCAAGACUAGCUCCAUGGAGUCCUCGGUUCAGGAGGAGGUGGAGAUGAUGGUGGAGAGCCUUCUGGAUGUGCUGCUGCAGACUCUUCUGUCCAUCAUGAGCAAGUCUCAGUCCGUGGAGACGUCCAGAGGACAGCGCUGUCCCCAGUGCACCGCUGAGAUCACGGGGGAGUAUGUCUCCUGCCUUCUGUCUCUGCUCAGACAGAUGACAGAAAUCCACUUCCACCAUCUACUCAACAACUUCCAUAGCAAAGAGGAGCUCAAGGAGUUCCUGCUGAAGAUUUUCUGCGUGUUUCGCAAUCUGAUGAAGCUGACUAUAUUCCCCCGAGACUGGAGUGUCAUGAGGCUUCUGACUAGUCACAUCAUCGUGGUGACAACACAGUUUCUGUCCCCAGCGUUGAACAAGAACUUCUCUGAUGCAGAUUUCGAUUUCAAGGUGUGGAACUCCUUUUUCAGCCUCACCGUGUUGUACAUCAACCAGCCAAGUCUGCAGCUGGAGCCACUUAGCCAGGCUAAGAGGAAGAUAAUCCUUGACAAGUACGGAGAUAUGAGGGUGAUGAUGGCCUAUGAGCUCUAUAGCAUGUGGCAGAAGCUGGGUGACAAUAAGCCCCACUUCAUCCCAGGGAUGAUGGGUCCCUUCCUGGGAGUGACCCUGGUGCCUCAGAUUGAAGUUCGAAAUAUAAUGAUACCAAUUUUCCAUGACAUGAUGAAUUGGGAGCAGAGGAAAAAUGGCAACUUCAAACAGGUGGAAGCAGAGCUGAUGGAUAAACUGGACAGCAUGGUGUCUGAUGGGAAAGGAGACGAUAAUCACAGAGAGCUCUUCAGCCUGUUGACCCAGCUCUUUGGCCCGUAUCCAAGCCUACUUGAGAAGAUAGAGCAGGAGACGUGGAGAGAGACGGGCAUAUCGUUUGUCACAUCAGUCACGAGGCUCAUGGAGCGGUUGUUAGAUUACAGGGACUGUAUGAAAGGAGAUGAGUUGGAGAACAAGAAAAUUAGUGGCUCUGUCAACCUCAUGAACUUCUACAAGUCUGAGGUCAACAAGGAGGACAUGUAUAUCCGAUACAUUCACAAGCUGUGCGACCUGCACCUCCAAGCAGAGGACUUCACAGAGGCAGCGUUCACCCUGCUGCUCUACUGGGAGCUGCUGCAAUGGGAGGACAGGCCUCUGAGGGACUUCCUGCACUACCCCUCACAGAGCGAGUGGCAACGCAAGGAGAACCUCAGCCGCAAAAUCCUCCACUACUUCAACAAGGGCAAGUGUUGGGAAUAUGGAAUUUCUCUCUGCCGGGAGCUGGCUUUCCAGUAUGAGACGUUGUAUGAUUACCAGAGCCUCAGCUGGAUACGGAAAAUGGAAGCGGCAUACUACGACAACAUCAUUGAACAGCAGAGGAUUGAACCUGAAUUUUUCCGGAUGGGCUUCUACGGCAGGAAGUUUCCCUUCUUCCUUAGGAACAAGGAGUUUGUUUGUCGGGGUUAUGACUACGAACGGCUGGAGGACUUCCAGCAGAGGAUGCUGGGGGAAUUUCCACAGGCUAUUGCCAUGCAGCAUCCCAAUCAACCAGACGACACCAUCUUACAGAGCGAUGCUCAGUACCUGCAGAUCUACGCGGUGACUCCGGUGUCAGACAUCUCGGACGUGCCUCAGCUGGAGCGUGUGCCUGAGAGGAUCAAGAGCUUCUAUCGCAUCAACAACGUCAAUCGGUUCCACUAUGACAGGCCCUUUCACAAGGGUCCCAAGGACAGGGAGAAUGAGUUCAGAAGCCUGUGGAUUGAGAGAACUACCUUAAUCCUGUCCCGUCCUCUCCCCGGGAUCUCCCGCUGGGCUGAGGUGGAGAGGAGAGAAGUGGUGGAGGUGAGCCCUCUGGAGAAUGCAAUUUACGUGGUUGAGAAUAAAACCCAGGAGCUGCGGACUCUGAUCAGUCAGUAUCAACACAGACAGCAUCACGGCAACAUUAACCCCCUCAGCAUGCUCCUCAAUGGGGUCAUAGACGCAGCUGUCAACGGAGGAAUUGCCAGAUACCAGGAGGCAUUUUUUGACAAGGAGUAUAUCAGCAGCCAUCCAGAAGACACGGAGAGGGUUACACAACUGAAGGACCUGAUGCAGGAGCAGGUGCACAUUCUAGGAGUUGGGCUGGCGGUUCACGAGAAGCUGGUACACCCAGAGAUGCGUCCCCUGCACAAAAAGCUCGUAGAUCAGUUCCACAUGAUGAGGACGGGUUUACACCAUUAUAUGCUUGGAUCCCAGCAGGGUCUGCCCAGUGUGGACAGAUUUGGCCCUCCCGCCUGCUCAGGGGUCAACUCUCCCAGAGGCGUCCUGACCUCCCACAGUCACAUGAGCCCCGAGAACGUCCGCCUGAUCCACAGACACAGCCCUCUGAACCUGCAGGGCUCCAUCCGUCACUCCUCUUCGUCGCUGUCUUCCCACACAUCCAGCGAGGCAGGAAAUCUGGUAAUAAUGACCGAUGGCCUGAUGGGGGAGCACCCCGAGGAUGUGGCGCACAUGCAGCCAAGCCCCUCUUCCUCCAGUCUGAGCUCCAUUCGUUCUAACUCGUCCCAGAUCAUCAACUCUGCUCCCUCGAGUGCCAGAGGUUCUCCAUCUUUGCCCGACAAGGCCAAACACAACCGAGAGGUGAUGAUACUGCUGCCGCCUCAUCGUGAGAGGGCCAACAACUCCAUGUACUACACAAUGGCUGAGAAUGGACAGAACAACCACAUGCAGCGUGCCUUACUACAACAAGUUAGCCCCUGUAAGCCGUGUGCUGAUCCUCACAUGACCCUACCAGAGAAAGUGUUUCCCAAUGCCCCAAGCAGCUGGAGUCUGGACGGGGAGAACAGAGAGACGGUGCCCUACAUCCCUGGAUCUACAGGAGGGGUCGUCAUGCCGCCAGUCCCACCCAGGUCCUUCCCACCUGGGCACUUCCUGAUGCACUUUGAUGCAUUUCAUCACCAGAACAAUGACCCGCCUCCUGCCCUGCCUGUCCGUUCUCUCAGAAAGUCUCCCCUGCACCCGAUCCCUGGCUCCCCAACCAGUCCACAGUCUGCUCUGGGUGGGAGUAACUCCACUCUGUCUGGUAGUGCCAGCAGUGGGGUUUCCUCUUUGAGCGAGAGUAACUUCGGAGGCCAGUACCCAGACACCGGCCCGAUCAGAAAUGAUGCCCUGGAGCCGCUACCCAGUCACCUGUGGUCACCUCCUGAUGAGUAUCUGGCCUCUCCAUAUCUGCACAUCCACUACAGCGGACCUGAACUCGACUCUGUGGACCCGGUCCGCCCGUUCCACUACCGCAGCCCCGCCUCACACCCACACCCACACACUCACCCCCACCAGCACGCUCACCCCCAUCCUGCGCUGGACAACCACACCCAUGCUCCGCCGCCUCACCACCAUGCCCCCGUUCACGGGCCCCACCACAUCCCCUACCGCAGGCCCCAGCCCCCCACCGUACCACCCAAGCCCUACCUAAGAGAGGGCUGCAUCCCGGAGGAGGACCUACCACCCCAGCCCAUCCCUCUGCCCCGGAGGAUCUUCCACUCCCCCCACAGCCACAGGGAGGAUCAGGUGAAGCACGCCUGGGAGCAGUGCAUCAGCGAGGAGCAUGAGGAGACACAGUGA